UCUUCCACGUGUCAUCACGAACACCUUCCACUUUGUACUUGUAUCUGGCUUAAAUACUAUAGUCCUCAAUCCUGACCAAUAUCAAAUAUUAUCGCUGUUAUUAAAUAAUCUGCUCUUUGAUUAAGAUCUACACAUCAAAAUCCAUUAAAUUACUACUCUCUUUGAUUCCAACCCGUUUCUUCUGAAUUAUUCCCUUCGCCAAACUCCUCCCAUUGUUCUUCUCCCAUCUCUAAUGAAAAUGGCUUUUACAGCGGUGGUUAAAGCUUCUCCUUUUAAAGUCAAAGGCAUGGCAAGAAUAGCUAGUCAUCAUCCCAUCCCAAGCUGUUUCGCCAUUUCUCUCUUCUUCUUCAUGGGCGUGGAGUACACGCUUAAGAUGGUGCCAUCUUCUUCUCCUCCCAAAGACAUCGGCUUCCUCCUCACAGAAAAUAUCCAUGGCUUUCUUAGCACAAGGCCUGUUUUCAACUCCUUACUUGCCGCUCUCAACACUGUAUUUGUGGGAAUGCAAGCCGUUUAUGUAGGGUGGGUUUUCCUGGUGGAAGAGAGGCCGCGAGCAACCAUUGCAGCCCUUUUCAUGUUUACUUGCAGAGGUGUUAUGGGUUACUGUACUCAGCUUCCGUUGCCCCAUGAAUUCUUAAGCUCGGGAGUGGAUUUUCCUGUGGGAAAUGUAUCUUUCUUCCUUUUUUUCUCCGGCCACAUUGCCGGGGCCAUGAUUGCAUCACUUGACAUGAGAAGGAUGAAGCGGAGAAGGUUGGCAUUGGUGUUUGAUUACCUCAAUGCCUUGCAAGCAUUUAGGUUGCUGGCCACAAGGGGACACUACACCAUUGACUUGGCUGUAGGCCUGGCAGCUGGUUUCUUCUUUGAUAUUUUGGCUGGAAAGUAUGCGGCCUGGAAGAGCAAUAUUAUGCCUUCAGGUUUCUACCAAGGAGCAGAUUGUUCAUGUUGCAACGGCAACUGUAGAUGACUCCCUCUUUGUGUUGCACGCUUGAAUGGCCUGGGAUUGUUAGGAGGAAGUUAUUUGGAUUAGUUUGCCUUCAUAGGAGAUUGAAGCACAAGAAAUCCAACUAAUAAUCAUAUACUUGAAUGCUACACGCAACGUGUUUUGUAUUGUGUGGUUGAGUACUGAAUGAAUCGCAUAAAUGCGAAUGCUGGACACUAUACAGUAUAAUAAUAUCAUGAGCAGAUGGAUGUACAUUUCUAUAUAUAUAUAUAUAUACUAUCUUGGUUUGUUCUUAAUUUCUACCCAAAUUUCCCGCCUGAUGUCAUUCUCAAUAUACAUUACUCAUCUUCAGAAUCAGACCCCACCGGACAAGAGCCAUCAUCAACAUU